GCUCAUGCUUUCUUUUUCAUAAAUGUUGACCCUUACCCAUAAAUGUGCCUGUCCCACAACCUGUAUAGGAUUUUAAGGAGACAGAGAACCAGCUACAACAAAAUGGGGAGAAGAAGUGGUGAGAACUGUGGCACCAACCUGCGUGUGUCAAACAUCUCUCAUGAGAACUUAUCUCACUGGAAUUUGGAUUCAGAAGUACCUGUUCCUGAAAAUAAAAACCUCCCACCCAGAUGGGAUAGUGCAGCAGGUCGCAAAAUUAACAAGAACCAUUUGGAAAUUCCAGUAGAGCAGCUGAUGCUAGAACUUAAUCUGUCAGAGCAUGCUCAUGAAAGAACACAGAAUAAUAAACAAGGGAUAUUUCAGUUAUGGAGUUAUCCUCUUAAUGAAGGAAGUGCCAUGGAGAACAAGGAAUUCAAAAAAUCUUCAGUGGAAACUGGCUUUAAUGUAACCAGCAAUCCUAUAAGGCUCUUCACUCUGAACCACUCACUGACAAGUGCUUCAGCUGAUAAGCAAGUUUGUCUUGACCCUGGCCUGCCAAUGCCAUUAGGUCUCUGCUGGCCCUGUGCUGAUGGAGGCUUCUUUAAGGACAGAAAUGAGCUUCAUAUUAAUUCACGUUCAACUAUAGAAAACAACAGUGGUGAAACUUUAUCUGCUCCAAAUUGGAAUUUGAAAUAUGGAAACAGUAGUGUGGAAGAAAAUUUAACAGAUGAAAGUUAUUUAUCAGAAAAUGAGAAAGCAAAUGAUAGUUUACUUAGCUAUUUUAAAAGGAUGGACCUGAACUUAAAGCCAGAAAAAAUAGAAAACGUUGAAGAACCUUUCACUGAGGAACCAAAUGAAGUAUUUCCAUAUCCUGAUUUUCUCCCUCCUCCUUUCGAUGCUCUGGACUUGCACAAAUUAGCCCUCUCAAAAUCUGAAAAUUGGAAAGCGACAGUGGACCCUCCAGAAAGCUCUAUUAAACACUUGAUAACUCGUUUACUGGAACUGGAAAGAUUACAACAUACGACUAUACAAAAAGAAAGGCCAAGACUACAAACUACUUUCUGUACUCCAGCAGUUACUGAACGACCCUCUUCCUCCAAAGCUAUAACAAAAGUGAGACAGCAAAAACUUUCUGACUCUUUGAGUCUUCAGAUGUCUUCUGUAGAUAAAAGUCGAAAAAAAAGAAAAAACAAUUCCGGUUCUUGCAAGCUUGAACAAAAUGUUUCAAAAUGGAAUUGGAGCAAUGCUGGCAAAUGUAAAUGGAAUUCUAGGCCACCAUCUCUAAAAAGUUCAUCCACGACAAAACAAUUGGUUACAACUUAUGAUUUUAAGAAUCCCAAAAGUUCCAUUUUAAAUCCAUGCCAAGAACUCUCAUCCAAGCCUACUACUGCCCAAACAACUCAAUCACUGGUUAAAAUGGUCUCAACAAGGUGUCUGCCACCAAGGUCCCUAACACCAGUUUCACCAAUACCUCUAUCUUUUCCACACAAUCAGAAAGAAGAAAUUAAGGCACCAAGGACCAAAAAGAAACUCUAGCGAAAAAAUAUAGUGUUGAAUAGACCAUUCUGUAUUCAGAAGCUAAACUGUUUGUCACCUUCGUUUAUUGCUAAGGAUAAAUGCUCACCCAUUGACCAAAAAUAACUUCUUUCAUACAUCUCAAUGUGAGCAAAUCUAUUUCAAGAAGCCCAGCUAAGAUACGGUUAAUUAUUCCAAGAUACAGGUAUUAAAGAAACCAACAAAAAGUCACACAAAACAAUUGCUUGGUGUGAUAUGGAGGGAACUUGUGAAAAUCACUGCUGAGACGUCUGUCUAUAAAUCCAAGGACUUCUAUGCUGACAUAUUUGACAAUCUUUUGCAUGUUGUUUCAAAGAAAUGUUUUACUUAGUAAACUGUUAAAAAGAUUGUUCUUUUAUAGUGAUUA